AUGAACGGGGAUGGCGAUGGCGGUGGCAGUGGCAGCGGUAGCGCCAGCGCCUUUGCCAGCGGUGCGGCCACGCCCUCGUCACAGCAAGACGCAGGCCAUCGUCCAGGGACGCCUUCUCGCACCGCCUCCAACCUACGCAACGAGAUCGGCAGCCCCACCAGCACCGGCUCAGAGAACGGGUACGACUCGCAAUCAAUCAACGACGGCUUCGCGCCUGGCAUCCUCGCCUCGAGGCUCGGGCGCAGCCUGGUGGGCGCCGGCGUCGGCAGCUCCCUCAGCCUGACCGGCUCCGGUACCAGCUCGCCCAGCCUCUCCAUGACCGGCUUCAACGCCAUCUCGACCGUGCUCAACAACCCUUCGAAACGCCAGCAUACGAUCGACCCCAAGUCAUCCCGCUUCCCACCUCUGACGCCCACCCCACACGUCCUGUCGGACAUUCCCAAGGCCAAAAAGUCCGACAUCGAGGGCUACCUCUCCAGCGUCCGGCCAGAAUGGGACCGCUUCAUGCGGAACCAGAAGCUCGGCAGGCAGGGGAGGGCGACCGUCGGCGAGAGGCACGACGGCGAGGGCGACGGAGAUGGCGACGACAGCGUCGGCGGACCCGCCUCGGCCCCGGCGGCGGCCAAGCGGCGUGGCCACCGUACCCGUGGCAGCGUCGCUUCCCUCUCGGCCGACCUCCGAGCGCAGCCAGUGGUGGCCCCCGAGAAGCGGCUGCCUCCGCUCAGCGCGGUACCCCAAGUCUUCUUCUCCGAGGACUUCGAUCUCGGCAACCCAUACACUUUCGAUCUGGUCACCGAGCGGCACAAGGCGACGACGACCUCGGGCGGCGGCAAUGGUGCCGCGGCGCCCAGCUACGACGUCGCACUCAACCAGAUGCUACAGGAGAAGCUGAGCUACUACUCGGACGUGAUCGAGCAGCACCUCGUCAUCGAGAUCGGCACGCAGUCGUCCUCGUUCUUCGCCGCGCUGGGCAACCUCAAGGAGCUCAACGCAGAGGCUGAAAGCUGCCUCGAGCGGAUCGGACACCUCAAGUCGGAGCUGGUCCACAUCGACGAAGACCAGGCCAAGGCGGGGCUGCGCGUGGUGCGGGAGCAGGAGCGCCGGCGGCAACUGCACAGCAAGCGCAAGGCCAUCGAGAGCGUGCGCGAGGUCAUCGAGCGGCGCGAUCUGGCCCGCCUGCUGGUGCAGCAGGGCGAGACCGAGGAGGCCCUCGAGAUCAUCGAUGGUGUGCGCAGCGUUCUCUCGGCCGACCCCGCCGCCGAUGCGGCGCGACCAAGCCUCCGGUUCACCGACCUUCGUUCGCUCUCCUACAUCUUGCCAGAGCUGCGAGAGCUCGAGUCGAGCCUCUCUGGAUCGCUACAGCGCGACUUGGUUGCGAUCCUCGCCGACGACCUGGCCGAGCGCGUGCGCCCGACCUCGGAGGGCGACGGCACCGGGCGGGAUGACUACUUUGCCGAGAGCCUCGUCCCGAGCCGCUCGGCCGGAAGCCCGCUCUCGCCGGCUGCGAGCACCUCACUCCCCUCUUUCGUCAGGCCGCCCUCCUCGCCGUUCGGCAACGCGGCCAAGCCGCUGUCAGAUCCCGACUCUCGGCUCAAGUCCCGCAUAGCUCCGCUCAUCGGCGGCCUCGUCCGUACGAGCGGCAUCGAUGGUCUGCCCGCCGCUUACAGGGAAGCCGCGCUGCGGGCGGUCAAGGAAACCUGGCGUUCCAGACUCGGCGACGACGGCGAGGAGUGGGCCGAGCUCGCGGCGCUCCUCGAGACCGACGAUCCGUCCAAGAACGACCUGGUCGGCGCACCCGAGGUGGUCGUCCGCUUUCGCGACAUCGAGCACCAGGCGUUCCUCUCGCUCGGUCGGAAGCUGCUCGACGCGCUGCUCAGGUGCCUCAAGGGCAUCGAUUCGCAGGCCAAGCUCGUCAUCCGCAUCCUCGACGAGUACCACGCGUCCGGCAGCGGCGACCGCGAUGCAGCACCGCGGAGCAGCACCGACCAGGCUGUCGACGCCGCGCCUACGAUGCCAGACGGCGUGUCGGCAACGCUACCGACGACGAUGGCCGAUAUCGUGACCGCGAGCACGGAGCUGUCGCACGUGCUUACGGCUCGCCUGAUUUCGGUCCGGUCCAGCACGCACGCUGCCAUGGACCUGGCGCCAUUCCUCGCCGUAUUCCAGCUCUGCUGGUCCUACGUGCUCUCGUCGGAGCUCGUCUGCCGGAGGAUGAUAGUGGGCCUGCGCGGCUCCGUGCUCAGCCAGGCCAAGGGAUUCCUCUCGCAGUUCCACCGCAAGCGGAUCGAGAGGGCCGCCAAGGCGGUCGAGGAGGAGACGUGGGCGCAGUCCGACGUCGGUGCCGAUGUGCAGCGGCAGGUGCGGCUGAUUGUCGAGAGCGCCGUCGAGGAUCCGGCCGCCUUCGUCGUGAGCAGCGAGCUCGCACGCGGCUCGAUCGACGCUGCACGCGGUUCCGCCGGCGCUGGGACUGCGACAGGCGGUGCGGACGCGGCAGACGCCGAUGCAGCACCGCAGCCCGCGCAAGGCAGCAAGGCGCUCGAGAUCGAAGACCGCUCCUACUUUGUCGUCUCGGCCAGCCUCGACGUGCUUAAGUUGCUCGCGGACUACCUCCGCGUCAUCAUUAACCUGCCGCUGCUGACCACCGAGGCCAUGGGCCGCGUCGUCGAGUUCCUCAAGCAGUUCAACUCGCGCACCUGCCAGGUGGUGCUGGGCGCCGGCGCCAUGCGUUCGGCGGGCCUCAAGAACAUCACCGCCAAGCACCUGGCGCUCGCAUCCCAGUCGCUGUCGAUCAUGAUCUCGCUGAUCCCCUACAUCCGCGAGACUGUGCGCCGCCACCUCAGCCCCAAGCAGGCAGUGAUGCUGACCGAGUUCGACAAGCUUCGCCGCGACUUCCAGGAGCACCAGUACGAGAUCCACGCCAAGCUGGUCGCCAUCAUGAGUGAUCGCCUGACGGUCCACUGCCGCGCCCUCGGCUCGGUCGAUUGGAACGCGCCACUGCCUGGCGACGGAGACGACGGCGAUGGCGAAGCGACGCCCGAGGCCAACAAGUACGCGGCCGACCUGGUCAAGGAGACGGCGACGCUGCACAAGGUGCUCUCAAAGUACCUCCAGCCUCCCGUCGUCGAGCACGUCAUCGGCCAGGUGCUCAAGGCCAUCGACGCCCGCAUCGCCGCCGAGCUCGACAAGGUCGACGUCCAGACGCGGGCGGCUCGACGCCGCAUCGAAGAGGACAUCGGCCUGCUCAAGACGAAGCUGUCGGCGCUCAAACACGUCGAAUGGCAGGGAGAGCAACUUGACGCCAUCCUCGAGAAGAAGCAGGUCCAUGCUGCCACUCAGCGAACCAGCGCCGAUGGCAGCAGCGGCAAAGAGGCGGUCUCGUUGGCCGCCGAGGCGCAGCAGCCGGCCCCGCAGCACGCCUACAAGGCCCGCAUCCCAUCUCUGUUCACCCGCAGGCAGCAGCAGCAGCACCAGCAGAACCAGCAACAGCAACAGCAGCAGCAACAACAGCAACAUCACCAGCAGCAACAGCAGCAGCAGAACUCGGCUGCCCGCUCCUCUGCCGACUCGACCCCCUCGUUGACCACGCUUCAGGCUCGGGCAUCGCAAGAAAGCACGCCGCGGUCCAGCAUGCAGGAUAUUGUGGUGCCGCCGGUACCGAACAAGGACGCAGAAGCCCAGCCCGCAGCAGUCGACGACGCCGAAGCGCCUCCUCCCACACCGCCGGCGAAGUCACUGUCUGCUGAACGGGCAUCUGAUGAGUCCACAGCCGGAGUCGGGGAGCCUGCUCAGCAGCAGCAGCAGCAGCAGCAGCAAGCUGACGAGACGGAGGCUUCGUCCGAGCAGGCUUCGGCGUCUUUGCACACCGCUGAGCGGUCUAGCCAGGACAAGGGGGGCGACGUUGACGCUGGUGCGAAGGAAGGCGAUAAUCAGGAGGAGCAGGCGAAGUCGAACGACGCCGAGACGAGUAAAGCAGCGAUUCCUGCGCUGGCCACGACUGCCGAGGCCGCCGCGACGGAGGCCCCAGCGGCUCCACGAACGUCGGGCGAGUCUGCGCCAACAGUCGCCGACCUGCCUAGGCAGACUAGUCCGAGUCAAGCAACCGAACCGUCACCGGCGAGUCCGCGACAGUCGGCCACCAAGCCAGAACCAUCGUCGGCCUUUGCAUCCCCCGUCAAGAGCGGAGCAUCGACGCCGGUCGCAUCGACCAACAACACGCCGUCGAAGCCGGGGCGGAUGUCGCUCAAGGAACGGCUUGCCGAGGCGGCGCGGAAGAGGUCGAUGGCACAGCAAGCCCCCGCAGCUGCCGCGCCGGAGCCUGCGCCUGCAAAGCCCUCUCCGGCAGCAGCUGCUACCGGUGUAGCCGCCGAAACCAAGGCCGGAGACGCGGACCAGGCCCAAGAUGAAGGCGCGAAGCCAUCAGAGGUCGCAAAGCAGUCGAAGGACGCGUCAGCCAUGCUUCCGUCGCAGGAAACGGCUGUUGCUGCCGCGCCUCGGGACGAGGAGAUCAAGCUGGCGCCCUCUGAGGCCGAAUCGGCACCAGGUGUGACACAGCAGCCCGAGGCCAUGCCAGAAGCACAGCAAGAGGGGUCCGCUGCCCUUCCGAGCAGUGCUCGGGCCGAGAUGGCUGCACCUGUUGCACCAGAGGCACCAGCACCCGAGCCAGCUGCUCCGACUGCGGACGUCGUUCCGAGCGCCCUCGGCGCAGAAGAGGAAAGCAAGCAUCCGGCGGGGUCCACGGACUCGGCAGACGCCCAGGCCACCAAACUCGAUGCGUCGUCCUCCGGGGCGCAGCAGCCCACGGCCACCAGCAUCGAAAUCGAGGCGCAGGAAGCGACGGUAUCGGCCCAAGUCGACGAGUCUGUUACUAAAGCUGGCUCGACGGCGCCAGAAACAGAGGCUCUAUCGAGCGAAGCCCCCGAGCAAGCGACCGAGGCACAGGCAUCGACUACGGCAGCGCUGGAGGAAUUGGACAUGCCGCCGCCUGCUGCCUCACGAGCCGACGACGCCGGAGAGGAAACCGAUGCUGCUGCCGUUGGAGCCCCAUCCGCGGAAGCUCAAGACGAGCCGCCGGCCGCCGAUGAGGGAGGGGCCGAUGAGGUUUCGACGCCGAUCCUGUCGGGCACUGCGACGCCCGACGUGGAAGAGAGCGUCAAGGGCGACGGCGACGACGACGAUGGAGAGGCCGACGCCAAGCAAGGCACUGGAACUCCCAAGACGCCGGGCAAGAAGAAGAAGAAGAAGAACAAGAAGAAGAAGUGA